ACUGCAGCCGGUGAUCCUUCUUCCCGACAGGCAGUCCUUUCUUCUCCCAGGAGGGCUCCAAGGCCAGAGCCACCCACUUUUGUGGGGGGCCAGUGGCUAAGGAAUGGGGUGUGUUGGGGGCAGCAACAGCAGCAUGAGCUGGUGCCUCCGCAGCUGCCAGAGCCCCCUGGGACAUGCUGCCCGAUCCCUAUUCCAGUUUGUGACCGGGACACUGGCGCCAGAUAGCGUAGAGGAUGAGUUUGAAUUGUCCACUGUGUGUCACCGGCCCGAGGGGCUGGAACAGCUUCAGGAACAGACCAAGUUCACGCGAAAGGAGUUGCAGGUCCUAUACAGGGGCUUCAAGAACGAAUGCCCCAGCGGCAUCGUUAACGAAGAGAAUUUCAAGCAGAUUUACUCCCAGUUCUUCCCUCAGGGAGAUUCCAGCACUUAUGCUACCUUCCUCUUCAAUGCCUUUGACACCAAUCAUGAUGGUUCUGUCAGUUUCGAGGACUUUGUGGCUGGUCUGUCGGUGAUUCUCCGAGGAACCAUAGAUGAUCGGCUAAAUUGGGCCUUCAACCUAUAUGACCUCAACAAGGAUGGCUUCAUCACCAAGGAGGAAAUGCUGGACAUCAUGAAGUCCAUCUAUGACAUGAUGGGCAAGUAUACAUAUCCUGCCCUUCGGGAGGAGGCACCAAGGGAACAUGUGGAGAGCUUCUUCCAGAAGAUGGACAGAAACAAGGAUGGUGUGGUGACCAUUGAAGAGUUCAUUGAGUCCUGCCAGAAGGAUGAGAACAUCAUGCGUUCCAUGCAGCUCUUUGACAACGUCAUCUAACUCGAUAUAGAGAGGGGUUGUCAUGUGCUAGGGGAAGUUCCUGGGCCUCUCUGCCCAGAUGGACCUCACUCCUCUUUUCCCAGGUCUAUCUCCAGCCCCCAUCCUGUGUCUGCAGGGGCCCAGGCAACUCACAGGGGUUGCUAGGAGACUGUAACCCCUUUGGGGUAUCUGGGUUCUGAGGUAAAAGGGGGUGGGGGUGGGUGGGGACUGGAGAACAGGGCAGAAUCCUGAAGUAGUGUUUGGAAGUGUCCAAGACUCCCAUAUAGUUACCCAGGCCCCCUGUCUGCUCCAUGUGCUGAGAGCCCAUUGCCCUGCCUUAAGUUUGAUGUAGGAACAAAGCAGCUUCCCCCAUUCCCAUUCCACCCAUACAAUAGAAACCAAGAAUGCCCCGGCUAUGGUGCUUCUCCAGCCCAACCAUUCUCACAGGGACCUCCCUACUGGGUACUUUCAGGGGAAUCUCUAAGAGAUCCUAAUAGCAAUGGGGAGUCUUAGACCAUAGGCCAGGAUCUAAACUAGUCCAUCAGAGUCCUCUGUAGUGGAAGCUAAAAAUGAGUCCCAAGAAGCCUCUCAGCCCCUAGCUCCUUAGUCCUGAGUCAGAAUUGGGAAUAUUCUGGCUCAUAUAGGAGCUCUGAUCCCUGCCUCUCUGGAAAGAAGAAGAGGUGGGAAAUCAAGGUCCUAUAGUAUACCUGCAUGAAAAGAUAAGGCCCCUUGGACAGGAGCCUGGGAUUCCAGAUACCUGUGUUGCCUGCCUGGAUUCUCUCCUGGGACCUUCCAAGCACUUCCUCUCCCUCAUGUUUCCCUGUAUCUAAUGGUGGUGAGUGUAGGGGUGAGGGUACUACAGAUAGAAAAAGGCCUAGGAAUGACCACCAUGCAGGAAUUCAUUGAGGUCCUAUUGCCUCUUAUGUAUCCUCUCCUUCUGCCAGCUUUACACAUUUUAGCAGGACCAACUAGUGGGACCAUGCCCUGAGUCCUAGGAAAGAACUGCCAGAGACUAGGGAAGAGGGUCAAGGCCCUUCAGAAUCUGAGAUCACAGAAUGAGCACUAUCACAGGAUUAGAGAUGCCCAAAUGCUGUGUGUCUGGGGGGAUUUGGAUGGAACAUUGCCAGAUGGGGCCCUCAUUACUACUGCCUGUCUACCCCUCUCCAGCACAGCUCACCUGCUUCCUCCCCCAGCUCUGCACCUCUCCUUUUCCCUUGAGGAGCCAAGGAAGCCGUGAUGUUCUCAGCAGAGAACUCUUAUUGCUCCAUCCCAUCCUGCCUAUCCCACAACUCCUCAGGCAUUCUCCCUUCGAUACAGGGGUGGGAAGGGCUCUGCAAGCCCAGUCCCAGUGCUGUCUCUUCACCCUCGGCCUCCAUUCUAUUCCUACAAUGUCUCAACUUGUCCUGGGUGGCUCUGCCCUCUCAGCCAGCAGUGAUCUGAGGGGAUGGGGGGAUAACAGCCUCCUUCCUCCCCUGACUAGGAUUUGGUUAUGACUGCUUUGCAUUUUCAACUCUUGUGUAUAUUUUGUAAAAUAAGGAACCCAGAGAAUCCAAUAAAACACAAUGGCUAUGCAUAGCCCAUGGUC